AUGGACCGACCAUCUGCGUCCCGGCCGGAUUUCUAUCUGAUCGUAGGUGUCUUUCAGGUCGUUAACCAAGAGUGGUUGCUGACAAGACCCCGCAAACAGACGGAUCAGGACACGGUCUAUGAGCAAGACCUACUACGCGAUGCUGGUAGUAUCAAGCCAUGGCUGGCUUACAUCGAGUUCAAGCAGCAAAAUGGCACACUUUACGAACAGGCCUUUGUCAUGGAGCGAGCAUGUCGCAAGUUGCCACGGUCAUACAAGCUAUGGAAAAUGUAUCUUGAAUUUCGGACGAAGCAUUUGAAAGGCCGCAAUGCAGUCGCUUACCGUCCCGAGUACGUCAAGGUCAAUGCCCUGUUCGAACAAGCCUUGGUCCUUUUGAACAAAAUGCCUCGCAUCUGGGAGAUGUACCUGUCAUUCCUACUUCUGCAGCCUUUGGUUACACACACCCGGCGCACAUUUGAUCGUGCCCUCCGCGCAUUGCCUGUUACUCAACACAACCGGAUCUGGCGACUUUUCAAGGGCUUUGCGCGCUCUGUAUCCGGUCCUACCGCCGUCAAAAUCUGGGCGCGGUACAUGCAGAUCCACCCUGAGAACGCAGAAGAUUACAUUGAUGUGCUAGUUGAGAUGGGAAAAUACACGGAAGCCAUCAAGGUAUUCAUGAACAUCUUAGACAACCAGAGAUUCCAGUCUAAGAACGGCAAAAGCACUUUCCAGCUGUGGACCGAGAUGGUUGACCUCCUCGUGUCCAAGGCCAGAAGUAUCGAAACAGGGCCUCAGGUCGGCAUCGACGUGGACGCAAUCCUCCGCAGCGGAAUCGAGAGAUUCGCUGACCAGAGAGGAAAAUUGUGGGCUGGUCUUGCCACCUAUUGGAUCACCAAGGGCAACUUUGAAAAGGCUCGAGAUGUUUUUGAAGAGGGGAUUACUACUGUGAUGACAGUACGUGACUUUACUCUGAUCUUUGACUCCUAUGUCGAGUUUGAGGAGUCAAUCAUCGGAAAUCUUAUGGAAGCUGCGGCUGCUCGUUCAGAAAAGGGAAAAUCGGACGAGGAGGCCGAUUUCGACCUUGACCUUCGAAUGCUUCGAUUUGAACAGCUCAUGGACCGACGACCGUUCCUUGUCAAUGAUGUUUUGCUGCGACAAAAUCCACAUAAUGUCAUCGAGUGGGAAAAACGAGUGGCUUUAUGGGGCGACAAUAAGCAAGAAGCUGUUAACACCUACACCGCAGCAAUUGCAGCAAUCAACCCAAAGAAGGCGCAUGGGAAGUUUUCAGAGUUGUGGGUCAACUAUGCCAAGCUUUACGAAGAAGGCAACGACUUGGAUACUGCACGAGUCAUCUUCGACAAGGCUGUCAAAGUUCCUUUCAAAUCCGUUGCCGAGCUCGCAGAGACCUGGUGCGAGUGGGCGGAGAUGGAGCUUCGCGGGGAGAACUUCGACAGGGCCGUCGAGAUCAUGGCCAAGGCAACUCAAGCGCCGAAGAAAUCUACCGUGGAUUACUUUGACGAGACGCUCUCGCCACAACAGAGAGUCCACAAGAGCUGGAAGUUAUGGAGCUUCUAUGUUGACCUUGUCGAAAGUGUCUCAUCGCUGGAAGAGACCCGAAAGGUCUAUGAGCGCAUUUUCGAGCUGCGUAUUGCGACCCCUCAGACCGUGGUCAAUUACGCGAAUCUUUUGGAGGAAAACAGUUACUUCGAAGAUUCAUUCAAGAUUUACGAGCGGGGUCUGGAUCUCUUCAGCUAUCCGGUUGCUUUUGAGCUCUGGAAUCUAUAUCUUACAAAGGCUGUGGACCGAAAGAUUGGUAUUGAACGACUUCGAGAUCUUUUCGAGCAAGCAUUGGAUGGAUGCCCACCCAAGUUCGCCAAGCCUUUGUACUUGAUGUAUGGGAACUUGGAGGAGGAGCGAGGACUCGCCCGGCAUGCGAUGCGAAUCUAUGAGCGGGCAACACGAGAGGUAUCCGAUGAGGACCGAUUCGAAAUGUUUGAGUUUUACAUUACCAAAUCCGCCUCCAACUUCGGGCUCACUUCAACUCGACCGAUUUAUGAGCGAGCUGUUGCUGCCUUGCCCGACCAGGAGGCCAAAGAAAUGUGUCUCAAAUUUGCCGAAAUGGAACGCCGACUUGGAGAAAUCGACCGGGCUCGCGCUAUUUACGGACAUGCAUCCCAGUUCUGCGACCCUCGAACCAAUGCGCCAUUUUGGCAGAAAUGGGAGGCGUUCGAGGUGCAACAUGGCAACGAAGAUACAUUCAAAGAGAUGCUUCGCAUCAAACGAAGUGUUCAAGCCCAAUACAAUACCGAUGUCAACUUCAUCGCUUCGCAGGCCAUUGCUCGCAGCCAGCAGCAACGUGCUCAAUCAGAUACGGUGGCGCACGGCGAGGAGGAUUCCGAGCGUGCGGAUGCGAUGGCUGCCCUUGAGCGCGAGGCUCGGGCUCCCGUGGGCUUUGUUGCAGCCAGCACUGGACCUGAAGGCGGCAAUCGACCAUCCGCUACUGGCAAGGAGCAGCCUGCAGCCCCGCCUAACCCUGAUGCCAUUGAUUUGGAUGAUGACAUGGAUGAAUAG